AUGACGCCCAACGACAUCGCCAAAACCCCCACCGCCAUAGCUACCCCCCAAACACAACCACCUUGGCCAAGCUCACCGCGCAUACUCAACACAAUGGCGGAGGCCCUCGCCGAAUCGCUGCAGAAAGUGCACAUAGGCAGCACCGACCUCUCCAGAGACGAUGCCUGGAUUGACAGCAUCCUCGACCAACAAGGACCCCGCAAACGGGUCAAGCAGCACCCCGACGAUCUGAAGAAGGAGCUGGCCCGCAAGUUCCUGACGCCAUCUACAUCCUUCUCAACAGAAUGGCUGAACAAGCUGCAGCAACGCUGGGACUGCCCCACGGAUUACACCGACCUCUUCAAGAUCGCGCCAACACAGACACGAACCAUAACCCGCUUCACGCGCGAAGGGCUUGAAGGCCGCGUCACAGGCUACAAAGAAGUGACCGUCCCCGCCAACAGCGCAACAGCCAAGAACUCGACCUCCCUGCUCCGCAAGCCGGGGAACCGCGCCGAGUUUGUGCGCGGCGCCGCGGGCUUCUUCCCGUUUGCGCCGGGCGGGCUGGAGGGGGUUGAGCAGGCGGCGGCGCUGGAGGAGCAGAUGAUGCGGGUUGAGGGGAAGGGAGUGCCGGGGGCGGCGAAGCUGGAGAGGGUCAUUAAUUUUGGGGCUGGGGAUGGGCUGUUGCAGAUUGCGCCGGGGUUUGCGAGGGGGGUGAAUUUUAAGCCGAAGAAGGGGAGGGGGGAGGAGGUGGAGGCGGAGGAGGUGGAGGAGGUGCUUGAUCAGGAGCCGGUGGAUGAUGAGGGUCUGGAGAGGGGACAGGGGGAGAGCCCUAGGGAGGCUUUGGAAGAGGAGGAGGAGGAUGAGGAGGAGGAGGAGGAGGAAGAGGAGGAUAUUGAUUCGAUAUUGCCGGUUGAGUUUGCGGCUUUUGAGCCCCGUAGUGCUCUAGCUACGUCGGCGGCGAAGAGGGGAGCUAGGGAAUGGGCACAUAUGGUGGAUAUCAAACGUGGGAUCACCAAUUUCAGAGAGCUUGUGCCUGAUAUGGCGAGGGAAUGGCCGUUCGAACUCGACACUUUCCAGAAGGAGGCCGUUUACCAUUUGGAGAGCGGAGAUUCCGUCUUCGUUGCUGCGCACACCUCUGCGGGGAAGACUGUGGUUGCCGAAUACGCUAUUGCUCUCGCGGCAAAGCAUAUGACGAAGGCUAUCUACACAUCACCGAUCAAAGCACUGAGUAACCAGAAGUUCCGCGACUUCAGGCAGAUCUUUGACGAGGUUGGUAUUCUCACUGGUGAUGUUCAGAUUGCGCCAGAGGCUAGCUGUCUCAUCAUGACGACUGAGAUUCUCAGGAGUAUGCUGUACAGAGGAGCCGACUUGAUCCGCGACGUCGAGUUUGUCAUUUUCGACGAAGUUCAUUAUGUUAACGAUCUAGAGAGAGGUGUUGUAUGGGAGGAGGUUAUCAUUAUGUUGCCGGAGCAUGUUACUCUUAUCUUGUUGUCCGCCACAGUCCCCAACACCUACGAAUUUGCCUCGUGGGUGGGGAGGACGAAGAAGAAGGACAUCUACGUCAUUUCAACAGCAAAACGACCUAUUCCACUAGAGCAUUAUCUAUGGGCGAACAAAGACAUCCACAAGAUUGUAGAUUCGGAUAAGAAGUUUAUAGAGAAGGGCUGGAAGGCGGCCAACGAUGCUAUGUCGGGACGCGAUAAGAUUAAGGCGCUACCUCCUGCUGAGACGUCAGGUCGGGGCAGAGGCGACCAGAGAGGAGGUAGAGGCGACAGGGGCGGCCGAGGCGGAAACCAGCGCGGUGGUGCCCAAAGAGGAGGUGCCCAGCAACGAGGAAGAGGAGGUCCUCCCCGCGCCAGCCACAACCCCGGACACAUGGGGCGAGGUGGACGACCCGGCGGAAGGACGUCAGCAGCGCAGGAUAAGACGCUCUGGGUGCACCUCGUGCAAUUCUUGAAGAAGGAGUCUCUGCUUCCUGCAUGUAUAUUCGUCUUCUCGAAGAAGCGUUGCGAGGAGAAUGCGGAUGCGCUGAGCAACCAGGACUUCUGUACAGCGAUUGAGAAGAGCGCCAUCCAUAUGACUAUCGAGAAGUCAAUUGCGAGACUUAAGCCGGAGGACCGUGUGCUGCCACAGAUUGUGCGGCUGCGCGACUUGCUUGGAAGAGGUAUUGCGGUGCAUCAUGGUGGACUGCUUCCUAUUGUCAAGGAGGUCGUGGAGAUGCUGUUUGCUCAGACUCUCGUCAAGGUUCUCUUUGCCACUGAGACGUUCGCCAUGGGUCUGAAUCUGCCGACUCGCACAGUCGUGUUCUCGGGAUACCGCAAGCAUGACGGACAUUCCUUCCGCAACCUCCUUCCGGGAGAAUACACCCAGAUGGCUGGGCGCGCCGGCCGCCGCGGUCUCGACACAAUCGGGACUGUGAUAAUUGUCGCCCCCGGCGGCGAUGAGGCACCGCCCGUCACCGAGCUACGGCAGAUGAUCCUCGGCGAGCCGUCGAAGCUGCGCUCCCAGUUCCGUCUCACAUAUAACAUGAUCCUGAACUUACUCCGCGUGGAGGCGCUCAAGAUUGAAGAGAUGAUCAAGCGAAGUUUCAGUGAGCACGCGACGCAGCAGCUGCUGCCUGAGCACGAGAAACAGGUCAAGAUCUCCGAGGCGGACUUGGCCAAGAUUAAGCGCGAGCCGUGUGAGGUCUGCGAUGUGGAUCUCGAGGCUUGUCACCAGGCAGGGCAGGAGUACAUGCAACUCACCCUCGAUUUGCAUCUCGGUGUUCUUGGGACGCCGGUGGGUCGCAGGAUGUUCGCGCCGAGGAAACUGGUUGUGUAUAUGAAAGACGGUGUUAGAACGCCUGGUAUCCUCCUGCGCGAGGGUGCGACGAGCGGUCCUAACCCGACUAUCCACGUCCUUGAGAUCCGCACGCGAAGAGACGUGCGAGAUUCGACGGAUCUGCUACCCUUCCUGCCUGAGUACAGGGAGAUGAUGACCAAGCUCCCACAAGCGAAGAAGCACAUCUCGACCAAGAACUUAUGGGUUCCUGUCGCGGAUCUCAUCUGUGUCACAAAAACGACGCUCAAGGGCAUCGUCCCUGAGAUCUUCCAGGGCGGUGACGGAUACCUCGCCGCUGUAGCGGAGCUGUCGCGCCUCUGCCAGUCCUGGACGCUCCCUGAAUGGGAUGAGCUGGACUGGAGCAAGAUUAAGGACAUGACCACACGCGAGCUGCUCGAGAAGCGAAGGCAGGUUGCAGAGGCCGCACAGCAGGGAGUUUGUAUCUCGUGUCCCGAGUUCCUCAAACAUUUCGCAAUGCGACAAGACGAAUGGGUCAUCAAAGAAAACAUCCACCAACUCCGCCAACUCAUGUCCGACCAAAACCUCCAGCUCCUCCCCGACUACGAGCAGCGCAUCCAAGUCCUCCGCGACCUCUCCUUCAUCGACGACACCUCCCGCGUCGAGCUCAAGGGCAAAGUAGCCUGCGAGAUCCACUCGGCCGACGAACUGGUCCUGACGGAGCUAAUCCUCGACAACGUCCUCGCGGCCUACGAACCCGCCGAGAUCGUCGCCCUGCUGUCCGCCUUCGUCUUCCAGGAGAAAACCGACACUGUGCCGACGCUCACCCCCAAUCUCAAGGCCGGGAUGGCCACCAUCAUCGAGAUCUCGGAGAAGGUUAAUGCGGUGCAGACGCUGCAUCAGGUGAUUUUGUCGACGGAGGACUCGAAUGAUUUCGUGUCGCGCCCACGGUUUGGGCUGGUCGAGGUCGUGUAUGAGUGGGCGCGCGGGAUGAGCUUUAGGAAUAUCACGGACCUGACUGAUGUGCUUGAGGGGACGAUCGUGAGGGUGAUUACGCGGCUGGAUGAGACGUGUCGGGAGGUCAAGAAUGCGGCGAGGAUUGUGGGGGAUCCGGAGCUGUUUUUGAAGAUGCAGAAGUGUCAGGAGAUGAUUAAGAGGGAUAUUACGGCCGUGGCGAGUUUGUAUAUGUAGGGGGGGUGGUACUCGUACGGUAGAUAGAUGGAGAAGGGGAUUCACGAGUUGAAUAGGAUACAUUUCACUCCCCCUAGCAACCUUAAAGCAAGCAUCGUCGCUCCCAAACCUAAACCCCUGAACGCCCUCUAUCUCCCCCCACCUCCAUCUACGCACCCUGCCUCAAAGACUUCAACCUCUCGCUACUCGCCUCCUCCUCCUCCGCCGUCGGUCCAACCUUCGUAGUCGGCACCCUCCCCCCCUCCAACUCCCUCCCC